GGUGAUGAAGUGCUGACCGUCAUUAAAACCAAAGCUCAGUGGCCAGCAUGGCAGCCACUUAACCUGCGAGCUGCUCCCUCGGCAGAGUUUUCUGUGGAUCAGACCCGGCACCUUAUGUCCUUCCUGACUAUGCUCGGGCCCAGCCCAGACUGGAACGUGGGGCUGUCCGGAGAGGACCUUUGUACCAAGGACUGUGGCUGGGUCCAGAGACUUGUCGCAGAUCUCAUACCGUGGGAUGCAGGCACAGACAGCGGUGUCACAUAUGAGUCACCAAACAAGCCCACUGUUCCUCAGGAGAAAAUCCGGCCUCUGACCAGUCUGGACCACCCUCAGAGCCCCUUCUACGACCCAGAAGGGGGCGCAAUUACUCCAGUGGCUCGGGUAAUGGUGGAACGUAUUGCUAGAAAGGGAGAACAGUGUAAUGUGGUGCCAGACACCAUCGACGACAUUGUAGCCGAUAUUGGACAGGAGGAGAAGGAGGAAGACGACACACCGGAGACGUGUAUCUAUUCUGCCUGGUCUCCCUGGUCAGCCUGUAGCAGCGCCACCUGUGACAAAGGUCGCCGAAUGAGGCAGAGGAUGCUAAAGGCUCAGCUGGAUCUCAGCGUACCUUGCCCUCACACCCAGGACUUCCAGCCCUGCAUGGCGCCGGGAUGCAAUAUGGAGGAGCCUUCGACGUGCAUGAUGUCGGAGUGGAUCAGCUGGUCUGCUUGCAGUGUUUCCUGUGGGAUGGGGAUGAGGUCCAGAGAGCGAUACGUCAAACAGUAUCCUGAGGACGGUUCGCUCUGUCAGCUUCAGACUGAGGAGACUGAGAAAUGCGUUGUCAACGACGAAUGCUCUCCCAGCAGCUGUGUAGUGACAGAGUGGGGAGAGUGGGACCCCUGCAGCAUCACCUGCGGUGUUGGCAUGAGAAGACGUGAGCGCAUGGUGAAGAUGCCCCCUAUAGACGGAUCCAUGUGUAAAACCGAGGUGGCCGAGGUGGAGAAGUGCAUGAUGCCAGAAUGCCACACUAUCCCCUGCAUGCUGUCCCCCUGGUCGGAUUGGAGUGAGUGCAGUGUGACGUGCGGCCGGGGAGUUCGAAACCGUCAGAGGAUGCUGAAGUCGGAUCCUGCUGAGUGCACCGAGGAGCUGGAGCAAACCGAGAAAUGCAUGUUGCCUGAAUGCCCGGUGGACUGUAUGGUCUCAGAGUGGUCAGAGUGGUCGGAGUGCAACAAGUCCUGCGGUAAAGGGCACACGAUUCGCACUCGAAUGAUCAAACUGGAGCCGCAGUUCGGGGGCAGCUCUUGUCCCGAGACCAUCCAGCGGAAGAAAUGCAAGAUCAGGAAGUGCCGCACAAAAGGGGGAGGCAGAAGCAAGGCCAAGGAAUUGGGUGCAGCGGGUUGCCGCAUGCAGCCAUGGACCAGCUGGACUGACUGCACUAAACCCUGCGGAGGAGGCUUACAGGAGCGCUUCAGGGUGCCAAAGAGAAGGGGAAAGGGCAACUGCAAGGACCGGAGGGAGAUCCGUGCCUGUAACAAUGAUUCCUGCUACUACUGAGCAGGGAGGAAAGGAGUGUCGCAAACAUCAGAAAUGUCUAAAUUUAAUAAGAAACUUGUUCUGUGUUGGCGGAAGGGAGGAGAGGGCGAUGCUAAUGGGUUAGUUUCAAACUUUCAAAAAGGAGAGAUGGGCGAAAGAGGAAGCAAGUGAUGAACUCAGAAGAUGGAAAACAGAGUACAGAAAGAGAAGGUUUGAUGUUUAGUGAAGCUGUUGUAGAAAUUAGUAAACAGGAAGGGUUUUCAUUUUAGAACACAAAGAAAGUAUUAGACACUAACAUCUGUGUCCUGCAAAACUGCAUUCGGAGAACUAACAGCUUUGUUAACCUCAGCAUUACCAACUCAUAAAACCCCUUCCACCAUCUGCAGUAUUGGUUUUAAAUUAUGCAAUCAUGGUAAAAAAAAAAAAAAAAAAAAAAAGACGCCCUUUUUC